GAAAUAUUAUAAAUAACUUCUUUUUUUCAAUAUUAAUUGUUAAUACUAAUAUAGAUCAUAGUACACUAUAGUAAUUUGAAUAACUAUACGCAGUAAACUUAUAUUAAAAUGUCAUUUGUUGGUGGAGGAUCCGAAUGUUCGGUUAACGGAAAUGCUGUAGCUCAAUUUAAUAAGCACACUCAACAAGAUAGAUCUUUACAAAGACAGACAGCAGGUCUGCCUGGAUUUGUACAGAAUCAAGGUUUUAAACAAGAAAAUCUUAUGAAUUUAAGAGAUAGACAACAAAUGGAUCAAUUUAUUAAUAAUGGAGGAUCAAAUCAAAAUGCUUUCCAAUUUCAACCUUUAAGACAUGAACUUAAUGUAAUUCAGCAAUCUAAUGGUGGGAAAUCUGCUCCUGGUUGGUCUGCUGAAUUCCAAACUCAUUCACCAUCUCCAAUUCAACAUCAACCACUUCCUUCUACUAUUGCUAAAUCAAAUAGUCCUGUUAAUGGUCAUUGGGCAUCAGAAUUUGGAGUUCAACUGCCAAUUAAUCAAAAUGUUAAUGUUCAACAAUCUCAUCCAAAUAUGAUGGUUGGAAACUAUAGACCUAUGAUGUCAACUAUGCCACUUGUGGGUAAUAGUUUUCAACAGCAUCAACAUCAACCACAACAGGUUCAAAAUAUGGAUCAAGUUCAUCAAGAACCUCUGGUAGAUUGGGAUAAUCAAUUUAAACAAAUUGAAGAAUUAACUAAUGAAGCCAAAGAAAAAGAUGCAGAAACUCAAGAAGGAGAAAUUAAAGAAGUAGAGGGUCAAACUGAAAAGGAAGGGUCACCGGAAUUUGUUAUAGACGAUAAAUAUCAAGCUACAUUCCAAGAGGUUUGGGAUGGAUUAAAUUCGGAAGCACUUGAACAAGAUUUUAUUACUCAACAAUAUGAAGAUUUUAAAAAUACUCAAAGAAGUACUUAUGAUGCUGAUAUGAAUCAAUGGGAAAAAGAUUUUGCUAGAUAUGUAUCUACCAGAGCACAUUUUGGAGAUUAUCAAUUUGAAGAUAAAUCUAAUAAUCAAUUUUUAGAUUUACCUGCUGAAGUUGAACCUUAUGAAAUUGGUCUUCAAUUAAUGGAGAAUGGUGCAAAAUUAUCAGAAGCUGCUUUAGCAUUUGAAGCUGCUAUUCAAAAAAAUGAAAAUCAUAUAGAUGCUUGGUUAAAAUUAGGUGAAGUUCAAACUCAAAAUGAAAAGGAAAUUGCUGGAGUAACUGCAUUAGAAAAAUGUUUAGAAUUACAUCCUGAAAAUUCAGAAGCUUUAAUGAUGUUAGCAAUUUCUUAUAUUAAUGAAGGUUAUGAUAAUGCUGCAUUUGCUACAUUAGAAAGAUGGAUUUCUACAAAAUAUCCUCAAGUUUGUGAUAAGGCAAGACAAGAAAAUCCUAGUAUAUCUGAUGAAGAUAGAUUUUCAUUAUAUAAGAGAGUUUCUGAAUUAUUUAUUAAAGCAGCUCAAUUAUCUCCUGAUAAAGCCAAUAUGGAUGCCGAUGUUCAAGUUGGUUUAGGAGUAUUAUUUUAUGCAAAUGAAGAAUUUUCAAAAACAGUUGAUUGUUUUAAAGCUGCUUUAUCUAUUAGACCAGAUGAUCCAUUAUUAUGGAAUAGAUUAGGAGCAUCAUUAGCUAAUUCUAAUAGAUCCGAAGAAGCAGUUGAAGCAUAUUUUAAAGCAUUACAAUUAAAACCCACAUUUGUUAGAGCAAGAUAUAAUUUAGGAGUUUCAUGUAUUAAUAUUAAAUGUUAUAAAGAAGCUGCUGAACAUCUUUUAAGUGGAUUAUCUAUGCAUCAAGUGGAAGGGGUAGAUGCAGGAAGUACAUUAAAUCAUAAUCAAUCAACUGCUUUAACAGAAACUUUAAAGCGAGCAUUUAUUGCCAUGGACAGGAGAGAUCUCUUGGAAAAGGUUAAACCUGGCAUGGAUUUAAACCAAUUCAGAGGAGAAUUCAAUUUCUAACCUUACAAUUUAUAAUUUAUAACCUUAUAAUUUAUUUAUUUAUUAUUUAUUUAUACCUAUCAUUAACCGGAUUCUCUCGCCCUUAAUGCAUAUCACUCCUUCUUAUCGUAUAAUUAUCCGGUAAUUUUUGCAACUUGCCGCACAGGAUGACUCAACCGAAAAAAAA